AUGCCGCGGGUUCUGCUCUUCCUCCCGCUCCUCAUCCUCGGCGGCACCGCGUCCGUCGUCACCCCCGGUCUGGCUGCCGGUGACCGGGCGCUGCUGGCCGAGCUGGCGGGGCUGGCAGAGCCCGUCCCUCGGCGGGCACCGGGCAUCCCGUGCCGCACCCUCGGCCCCGACGCCCUGCCCGGUUUCUCGCGGCUGCCGCCGCUGCCCCGCGGCCUGGCCCGCGCCGCCAUGGCGCUGGCGCUGCUCAAGGCUGGCUGUGCCCCCCAGGCCGACGCCGCGGCGCUGCAGCUGGCACGGGAGCUGGGGACCCCCCGGGCCGCGGCGCUGCUGCGGGGGCUGGUGCGGCUACCGGGCGCUCCGGCCCCGCGGCCGCUGGCGCUGCUGCUGCUCAGCCUGGCACGGCCGGGGGGCUCUGCCUGCGUGGAUCCCACCCGGCUGCGGACCCCCACAGAACCCACGGCACCCUCGGGCUGGCAAUUCCCGGUGGCCCGGCCGUGCCGCGGCGCCGCGCGGCGUCGCCGGGAGGACGAGGACGCCUGCAGCCCGGCGGGGGAGCGGGAAGCCCACCGCGUGCUGGACUGGGUGCCGGGAGUCAGCAUCUUCUACAACCUGGGCACCAGCGUCUACUUCGCCUUCCAGGGCUGCCAGGCCACGGCGUCCACGCGGGCGCUGGAGGCCGCCGAGGACCUGGGCUACGCCGGGCUGGCGGCGCUCACCGGGGGCCUGGGGGGCCCGGUGGCCUUGGGGGUGCAGCUGGGGCUGCAGCCGGGGCUCAAGGCGGGCGUGCGGGCGCUCGUCGGGUACUUCACGUCGGCCGGGGAGCCCUCGCCGGUGCCCACCGCCCACAGCGGCGCCGUGGUCAUCGUCUGAAUAAAGGGCACGUGUGGCACUCGGCGUCUGGGGACGGAUCGAUCGAUGAGGGGUCACCCUGCCCUGGGGCACCCGGGCCUCGGCCGCGUGGUGGCAGCGGGGCUGGGCUUGUCACUGUCCCUUUGUGGCUCUGUCGCUGUAGGCCCUGUCCCCACAGCCAGUCUGUACCAAUGGCCACGCUGCCUUGUCCCUGUCCCCAUGGCUCU